AUGGUGACGAACUUCUCCUGGGACAUGGAGCAGGCUCUGGUCACAGGAGACGGAGCAUCAGAGUGCCCACCUGAGCGAGAUGAACGUCACUCUGAAACACAGAAGCACAUUUAUUUACCUGGCUCAGACUGCCAGUUUCCCCUGAAGUCAGCCCUAAGCUUUGCUUAUCCAUCUAAGAUGUGGUCUUUGAUUGCUGUCUUCCUCGUCCUGCAGCCCCCCGCCUUGCAUUCCCCGGCCCAUGCCUUUCCUGUGGCUGAGAUGCCACUGCAUGGCAUCAGGCUCACACCCAACAACUACCAGAACUACCUGGCCUUCGUAUUUGCCAUAGAAGAGAUCAACAGGAAUCCUCACCUUUUGCCCAACAUCUCUCUGGGCUAUGAGUUCCAUAAUUUCAUUUCCAGUCAUUGGACGAUACUAGAGAAUUCCUUCACUUUGCUCACAGGACAACAUGAGACCCCCAGUUACGUGUGUGGGCGACAAAGCAAGUGUGCAGCAGUCCUGACAGAAAUGCUGGGAGGAACCUCGGCUCAGAUUGGGCCGCUGCUGGAGCUCUACAGAUUUCCACAGGUUACCUUUGGUGCUUUUGAUCCUACACUGACUGACACUGGCCAGUUUCCUUCUCUCCACCAGGUGGCCCCAAAGGACACUUACUUGGCCCUUGCCAUGGUGUCCUUGUUGGUUCAUUUCCGCUGGACCUGGGUGGGUCUGCUCAUCACAGAAGGCCAUAAGGGUCUUCAGUUUCUCUCAGAUAUAAGAGCUGAGAUGGACAAGAACAGAGUCUGUGCGGCCUUUGUGAAAAUGGUGUCCACUGGGGCUGUGUUGUAUAUCUCAGCCACACAGAAACAUGAUAUCCUGACCGCAGAUACAGUAUCUACCAAUGUGGUGGUCAUUUACUAUGAUAAUGAUAGCGGAAAUGAUGUAAAAUAUAAUAUAAUGCAACACUUAGUGACAUGGAAAGUCUGGGUGACAAACUCACAGUGGCAUGCUGACCUGGCUGGGAGAGAUUUCAUACUCGACCCAUUCCAUGGGAUUCUUGUUUUUUCACACCAUCACAAAGAAAGUUCAGGUUUCAAAGAUUUUUUCCAGGCAGCUACCCCUUUCAAAUACCCAGAAGACACUUACCUUUUUAUGUAUUGGUCCAAAAACUUCGAUUGCUCAUUCUCUGAGUCUGACUGCUCCUUGAAGAACUGUGCCCCUAAUGCUUCUCUGGCUUGGUUGCCUCUGAAUCGUUUUGACACAGCCAUGAGUGACAGGAGCUACAAUAUAUACAACGCUGUGUAUGCGGUGGCCCAUGCCCUCCAUGCAAUGCUUUUUGAAGAAGUACAAAGGUGGACCAUGAGAAAUGGAGAAGUGAUGAGGGUGAUGUGUCUCUUUCAGCUACAUCCCUACCUGGAGAAGGUCCAAUUGGACAAUCCUGCUGGAGACCCAGUGAACUUGGAUGACAGAAGGAAAGUAGAUUCAGAGUAUGACAUUCUCAACUUUUGGAAUUUUCCAGAAGGCCUGAGACUUAAGGUUACACUAGGAACAUUUUCUAUUCAUGUUCCACAUGGUCAGAAAAUGACUUUAUCCGAGAACAAUAUAGAGUGGGCCACCGGAAUUACAGAGACUCCUCGCUCUGUAUGCAGUGACAGUUGCCAUCAUGGAUUUAGAAAGAGCCCUCAGGAGGGAAAGCCUGCCUGCUGUUUCGACUGCACCUCUUGCCCGGAGAAUGAGAUCGCCAACGUCACAGAUAUGGAGCAGUGUGUGAAGUGUCCAGAUGAUCGGUAUGCCAAUACUCAGAGAAACCACUGCCUGGAAAAAGCUGUGACUUUUCUGGCUUAUGAAGACCCCCUGGGGAAGGCUCUCGUUGGCACUGCCAUGAGUCUCACUGUCCUCACAGCUGCUGUUCUUGGGCUCUUUGUGAAGCACCGAGACACUCCCAUUGUCAAGGCCAACAACAGGGCUCUCAGCUACACCCUGCUCAUCUCCCUCUCCUGCUGUUUCCUCUGCUCCUUGCUCUUCAUUGGUCGUCCCAACACAGCCACCUGCAUCCUCCAGCAGACCACAUUUGCAGUUGUGUUCACGGUAGCUGUUUCCACUGUCUUGGCCAAAACCAUUACUGUGGUGCUGGCCUUUAAGGUCACUGCUCCAGGCAGGAGGAUGAGACAAUUGCUGGUAUCAGGGGCACCAAACUUCAUUAUCCCCAUCUGCUCCCUGAUCCAACUCACUCUCUGUGCAGUAUGGAUGGGGACAAAUCCACCCUACAUUGACACAGAUGCUCAUUCUGAACAUGGCCAUAUCAUCAUCAUGUGCAACAAGGGCUCCCUCACCGCCUUCUACUGUGUCCUGGGAUACCUGGGCUCCCUGGCCCUGGUGAGCUUCACUGUGGCUUUCCUGGCCAGGAACCUGCCAGACACCUUCAAUGAAGCCAAGUUCCUGACGUUCAGCAUGCUGGUAUUCUGCAGCGUGUGGGUCACCUUCCUGCCCGUGUACCACAGCAGCAAGGGAAAGGCCAUGGUGGCCAUGGAGGUCUUCUCCAUCUUGGCCUCCAGUGCAGGGCUGCUGGGCUGCAUAUUUGUCCCCAAGUGCUACAUUAUUUUGUUAAAGCCAGAGAGAAAUUCUUUUUCCAGGACCAAUUGCCCACCAGCAAGGGAGAAGGACUCCUUUUCCCCACAGCCCCGCCUCCAGCAUAUUCCAGCUGUCGAAGAGGCUGUUUCUCUGCUGCUCACCACAGACAGGUGUCAGAAGAGCAUCUGGCUAGGGCUGAGCUGCGGGGAGCUGAGGGUGGCGGCCUUCUUGGGCUCCUGCUGCCGCCGCUGCUGA